AUGAUGAGACUGCCAGUUAUCUUGAUUUGCUUUUCUACCGUAAUUUUUGCGGAAGAAUUCGAAUAUCUGUACAGUACCAAAUACAUUGAUGUCCCCUUGGAUCAUUUCAACUUCAGGUCCAAUGCGACUUUUAAACUGAGGUACCUUAUCAAUGACACUUAUCAUGUGCAAAGAGGUCCGAUAUUUUUCUACACUGGAAAUGAAGGUGAUAUCAACCAAUUUGCCCAAAACACAGGGUUCAUGUAUGACAUUGCUUCAACAUUCAAUGCCUUGCUAGUUUUUGCAGAACACAGGUACUACGGAACUUCCUUACCAUUCGGCAACCUGUCCUACACCACCCCCGAGUACCUCGGCUACCUCUCCUCCGCCCAAGCCCUCGCGGACUUCGCCUACCUCAUCGACGACCUGCAGAGCACCUACGCCGCCACUAGCGACCUCAAAAAGGUGCCGGUGAUCGCGUUCGGCGGCUCGUACGGAGGUAUGCUGGCCGCGUACCUCAGAAUGAAGUACCCGUACGCCGUCGCGGGCGCCGUUGCCAGCUCGGCUCCGAUCUGGCAGUUCCGGGGGCUGACCCCGUGCGAGAACUUCAACAGGAUUGUGACGAACGUGUACGAGGCUCUGGGAGGAGUGAAGUGCAAGGACACCAUCGCGAAGUCUUGGAAAAUAAUCAGAUCUCUGACUGAAACUGAUGAGGGAAAAUCAAAUUUGACGAAACUUUGGAACUUUUGCACGCCUUUGAAAACGUCAGACGACAUCGAUACUCUGGUCGAUUGGCUGACCAACAUCUACGUGAAUGUGGCAAUGGUGAACUACCCCUACCCCACAAGUUUUUUGGCAGAUCUGCCAGCGUAUCCAGUCCGAGCUGUUUGUAGCAAAAUCAACAAUUUCGAUUACAAAAAUGACUUCGGCUUACUUCAGGCUCUAGGAGAAGCCCUUAGUGUUUAUACGAACUACACGGGACGUACCACCUGUAAUGAUAUCAAAGUAGCUGCGAACAUUGGAGAAAAAGGAUGGGGUUUCCAGUCCUGCACCGACAUGAUAAUGCCGAUGUGCUCCACCAGCUUCGACAUGUUCGAGGACGCGCCGUGGGACUUCGAAAAGUACUCCGACGACUGCUACAAGAAGUUCUCCGUGCGUCCGCGCAACGAGCAAGUCCCGCUCCUGGAGUACGGCGGCAAGGACAUCAAAUCCGCGUCGGACAUCGUCUUCAGCAACGGCCUGAUGGACCCGUGGUCCUCCGGAGGCGUGCUGAGCAACGUUUCGGACCGCAUCUCGGCCGUCAUCAUACCCGACGCGGCGCACCAUUUCGAUCUGCGCGGAGCGAACGCCAAUGAUCCGGGGUCGGUGAGGGAAGCCAGGAGGUUCCACGUGAAGCGGAUCCACAAGUGGCUGAACAAGUUCUAUUUCGAGAAUCUGGAUGAUCCGUUGAAGUACAAGUUUUAUGAGACGAAUAGAGUCUGA